CUACUCCACUACAGCUCCGUAGCGGACGAUAAGCGUAACGCAGUCAUUACUGGGUGUUUUGGAGCACUGGCCGCGUGUUGAAGUGAAACAUCAUAAGCUCCGCGUAACUAAACCCAGUUGGAAAGCGUUCGGUAGUUUAUUAGGACUUACAUUUCUUGGUUAUAUUUAAUAUUUUAAUUUAUUAUAUGUAUAAAAUUAUUAUAAAAAAAAAUUACCACAAACAAGUGCAUAAGUGAUAAAAAUCGUGUAAUAUUGUUUUAUUUACAAAAGUGACAGAUAAAGAAUUCACACAAUGAGUUUGCAAGAAGAGUUAGUACUACGGAAGGAAGUGAGAGUAUCGAAAUGGUAUUUCGGAGGAUUUUCGUCGGCUGGAGCGGCUUGUGUCACUCAUCCAUUGGAUCUGCUGAAAGUUCAAAUGCAAACCCAAAAGGGAAAAAACAUUUCUAUGUUUCAACUUGUUGGGAUAGUUAUUAGAAACGAAGGUAUCAUGGGUCUAUACAAUGGUAUUUCAGCCUCCUUGCUAAGACAGCUAACAUAUUCAACAGCUAGAUUUGGAAUAUAUGAAAUGGCUAAACAACAGCUAACACCCAAAGACGGUGGGCCUAUUCCAUUUUAUAUGUCUGCAUUUAUAGCUGGCUUGGGUGGACUUGCUGGUGGUUUUGUGGGGAACCCUGCAGAUUUAGUCAAUGUGCGAAUGCAAAAUGAUAUGAAACUUCCACCUGAGCAAAGAAGGAAUUACAAAAAUGCUGUGCAUGGAUUAUGGAGGGUGGCUGCAACUGAAGGUGUAACACGACUUUGGGCAGGAGCUAGUAUGACAUGCAGUCGAGCAGCUCUCAUGACAAUAGGACAGCUGGCAUUCUAUGACCAAAUCAAGAUAAUACUUCUUUCCACUUCAUUUUUCAAUGACAAUGUUGUGACUCAUGUCACAUCAAGUUUAUUAGCAGGAGGCGUAGCAACAACUAUGACCCAGCCUGUGGACGUCUUGAAAACGCGUGCAAUGAACGCUAAACCUGGUGAAUUCAGGGGUAUACUUCAUCUUAUCACCAGUACUGCUAAGGAAGGACCACUUGCAUUCUUUAAAGGAUACAUUCCAGCAUUUGUUAGGCUUGCACCUCACACUAUUUUAACAUUCGUAUUUUUAGAACAACUUAGAAUGAAUUAUGGUUCUAUCAAAUAUGAACAAUUUAAGAAAUAAUAUUUUAGGACAAAUGUACUUUUACAUAAUUUUGUAGUGGUUUUAGAUGAUGUGGUGUAUUGGACUAGAUUUUUAGAUGCAUUUAGUAUUUCAAUAUAAUUCGCACAUCUGAUCCUAUAGAAUGCUGACACUUGUAUCAAGACAAUAACUUGUAAAUCAGUAUACCCUGAUUAGUCAGGCAAUAAUUUAAUAAUUUGUGUCAAAAGUUGAUUCCCUAUAUUUUAAAAUGGUUAAUCCUCUGACAGAAUUGGAUGGAGUUAAUAAUUCUUUAAAAUUAUGAUUAUUUGUUCUUAUUUGUAAUUUAGUUAAUGUAAGUGGUCUAAAAACAGACAUUUUAAUUUAUAUAUUAAUUAUUAUUCUUUUAGAAUAAGUUAUCAGUUCAGUUCUGUCAAUAUUCGGAUUGCCCUAAGUAAAGGUAAAGAUUACCAAUGUGAAACAUUGAAAGUUUUUAUAGUUACCAUUUUCUUUGAUGCUUUUUUUAUUUUUAGUGUUUUACAAAUAAUUAAUUUUCAGAUAUAUGUCAAUAUAAAUUGAUGACAGAUUUUUUAAAUUAAUAUAAUGAUAAUAAUUUAUUUAUCCCAUUAAUCAUAAGCCAAAAAUCACCAUCGAAAUUGCUCAAUGAAACAAUACUUGAAAUGAUAUUAAUAUUCAGGCGACAUUCAUAAAUAAGAAGCAAAUGCAAGAGUGUGGAUGAUUCAUUAUGACAAACAGUGUAAUAAAAAAUUAUGAUCUGUUAUAAUUUUGAAAUGUUAAUUUAAGAAUUGUUGUCAAGUAACCUUGGCAAUGUUUUUAUCUGUCCCUCUAAGGGCUCGGAUUCGAGAUUUUAUUUUAAGUAUGGUAAAUAUACGGGGCUGUGUUAUGUUCUUUUUUUUUGUUAUUGUAUUGUGCCAAAAUCUAACAAAAUGGAGACUUCAAGGUGUUAUAAGACACUAUUCCAUAAUUAUACAAUAGUGGUAAAUUACUACUUUUAAGAGUUUAUUUUUGGAUGUUUUUUAAUAAUUUGAGAUACAUACAUUCCUCAUAAAAUAUAUUUGUAUUUAUUACAGACACAUACUGAUCUUAUAACUGAGGUCAGACACAAUACACUGGCUCUGAUGUGCGACUUAUAACAUUCCAAUGACGAAUGUUUAUAUUUGUCUCGGAGAGUCGGUAUUUGCUAUAUUUAAGUGUCCUUAUUAUGUAUCCAUUUUAUUUUAACAAAACGAAGCAGUUAGCAUUGUCAGUGAGGUAGAGUAUCUCAUUUUGUUAUACAUACUUGUAACUGUUACUUGUAAAGUACAGUAACUACUUCUGGAUAGACUAAAGUCUACAAAUAAGUGUUUAAAGAAGUAUAAAUAACUUGCGAUAUGUGUUAUCAGAAGAUAUACAUGACAGUUGUUUUGUCAGUAAAGUAUGAUAAAGGUUUUUAUAUGUUUAGUCAUCCAAAGAAUGUACCUAUUGUGUAAUUCUUCCACUCAAGUGUCCUAACACAGUGAUCGUUUUGGUCACACUCCUAUACAAUUUAAUAUAAAUAAAAAUGUAACCUAUUUAAUUGAUAUUAUUUAAAUUUUGACAAUGUUAUUACUAUUGUUAGGUAGGUAAAUAAAUUACUAUAAUAAAUGUUACAAAAUAAUACAUGUAUAAGUUCAGAUGUUCUUGUUAGCCAAUGUUUAACAUUGACAACUACACUUGGGAGCAAAGAAACGGGGCCACCGGCCGGCAAUUUAAUUACCUUUAAAAUUAUAGUAUUUUGUUGUACUACUCUCUACACCUUCCUAGAGUAGAGAGUUCUUUAAAAUGAAAAGAAAAAUGCUAGUGGCUGUUUCUUUGCUCCCAAGUGUAGUUUGAUAAAUGAAUUCAAAGGAGAUGUGAACAUAUUUGUCAGUGAAAUGGUAUGACCAUAAGCCUGUCAAUUCUACUUAUUGUGACCGUUUGAUAAUACGCACCCAAAACAUGGGUAUAAUACAAAUGAAUAAGCAUAAAGGUGUCUCAGCAUGUCAUGGAUAGGAUAUUUGUGAGCAAUUAAAAGAAAUUAAAACAACUUUUUCCUUUCACCCAAAACUAAACUAUAUAAUCUCAGAAAUGUGAUAUUAUGGGGCACUAUUUUUAAAAUAUAUUUUUAUAUUUACUUUAUUUCCUCUAUAUAAUGUGUAUAAGAUCAAUACUCGAAAAUAUUGGAUAAAGACAGGCUGGUAGCCACCUCACAGACAGGUUCCUAACCUAACCUUAAAAAAACAUCGACCACAGAUUAUAUAUACUCGGUCUGUGUUCUUGACUCUUAUUCUGUGUUAGAUAGUCACAAUUUACAAUGGAUAUGUUAUUGAUGUAUAGUACUUGUUUAGAUGUUACUAAGUGUUGUGUACUUUAAAGGGAUAAUACCUUCUAUACUAGAUGAAACGUGUCCAAUUAGUCAUAUAGGACUUAUUCAGUAGUGUUAGAUGAUAUUUAGAAUUCCAUUGUGGUGGUUGUAUAUUAAAAUUCUUGUUAUUGAA